AUGUGGCAAUACUACUAUGACGUAUUGCUCGGAAUGACAACCUCCAUGUGUCGGGCCAAGGGCUUUCCUGUUGGAAGGGGAAGGGCCCAUGUUGACCGAGCGAAGUUGGACAUUCACCCGAGCUAUCUGCUCCAGAGCCACGGUGUCGUCCUGCUGCGUGGACAGGAGAACGACAUUUCGGAGGAUAUCAAUAAGUCGGUUGACGAGUUGACCUCCAAGAUGCAAGCGUGGAAUGAGGUGCUCUACGGCGACCUACCGUUCGUUUUGGGCUACGCAACCUCCGGAGCCCAUUUGCGAGUGGUGGCAAUCGAAAGAGCAAACCGAUCGUGUCGUGUAUCGACACUCUUCGACUUCAGCAUUUUCGACGACAAGGAUCUCGCGCUCAAAGUGUUUUACAACUUGGCGUUUGUGCUCCAUCAGAUGAGCAAGUUGACGAAGCGACCAUAUCCGUGUGGGCUCCAACCGUUUGUCCCUGAUCUAAACAAGGCGCGACAGAUCAUAUUGCUGGAUAAAGUGGUUGAACGAACGAUCAAACCUACGCCUGGCACGGAAGACCUCGCGCGACUCGUCAACGUCUACCAGACGCUGCGAGAAUCAAGCUCAGAAGGCAGUGCUGUGACGCAUCUGCAGACUGUGGAGAAGAUGGUUGAGACGGAAGACGGCAGUUUGGUCGUGUCGCUCUCCCCAAUUGGCUAUCUGCGACUUCCUACGAAGGACGAAGUUGGGGACUGGCUGCGCCAAAUGCUGACAGCAUUGGGUUAUUGGCACGGACGCGGCUACUGCCAUGGCGAUUCGUGUCAUCCGAACAAGGCAGUGAUCAAGUGGAAGCACCCAUUCGAAGGACAAAACCUGCAGUCCCAGCACGACUUGUUCCAGUUGGGGCAGCUGAUGAAGGACUUUUGCCCGUUGCCCGAAGCUUUAAAAAGCGUGCAGGUGAUGCUUCUGUCGGCGAUGGAUAGGUCGGAGCUCACUGCGGAUGAUGUGCUCGCGAGUUUAGCGAAGCGUAUCGAAUAA